GUGCAGUGUGAUGUAGCUAUCUGCAGCAAAAACACUGGGUGGGGAAGGCUCUCUCAUCCUAAGAGAACUAAUGUUGGAUUUGAUACUGUGUCUGUCAUGGAUGCUGCUGCUUUUGAAAUCAGUUGGCUUCAGAAGCAGCCUGCUCUAGUUACUGAAGCGAGAUACGUCAUCGGGUUUGGCUUGAGCAACAAGUUUGAUACAGAAUUUCCUUCUGUUCUGACAGGGAAGGUUGCCCCAGAAGAAUUCAAGACCAGCAUCAGCCGUGUGAAUGCCUGUUUAAGAAAGAAUCUCCCUGUCAAUGUAAAAUGGCUGCUUUGUGGCUGUCUGUGCUGCUGCUGCACACUGGGCUGUAGCCUGUGGCCUGUAGUCUGUCUUAACAAAAGAACUAGAAGAUCAAUUCAGAAGUUAUUAGAAUGGGAAAAUAACAGACUAUAUCAUAAGCUUGGUUUGCACUGGAAGCUGAGUAAAAGGAAAUGCGAAACUAGCAAUAUGAUGGAAUAUGUAAUAUUAAUAGAGUUCUUACCAAAAUAUCCCAUAUUUCGACCUGACUGAGGAACAGCAUUUGAUCUUUCAUGUUACCUGUCAUUUUCUACCCUUAGUGCCUUGUAGAUGAUUUUGGAAAGAAGAUGGUCUACUUUGCUGUGACUUAAAAAUGUUCGUCAGUAGAAUAUCUUCCUUGCUAUGUUACUUUCUUUUGUUAAGAAGAGAACAAUUUGCACAUUUUUUUUUAUGUUAAAUGAGGCUUCUAUGUUGCACUCUGAAUUUUUGACAUUAACUGAUAUGGUUGCCACUAGGGAUCUAACAUCAGUGCUGCUUAAACUUGUUCUGAGCAUGCUGCCUUAUUAAUUUCUAUAUUUGCUGUCCUCAAACAUGCAUCCUAAUGCCAUGUCAUACUAUAUUUCAUUCUAAACGUCGCAAUCCUAUAAACCCUCAGUAGAAAUGUCCAGGUAAGCGUCUAGUAGUAAUGAUUUUAGUAUAACUUGCUUGCAUAGGACUUGCAAUCAACAGCACUGGUUUUGUCCUGCACUUUGCAAAAUCGUCAUUUACAUUAGGGGGUUAAUUAUUUUACCCACUAUGGAUUUGUAAAUAUUGACUCUUUGCAUAAUGUAAAGUGUGGUAUGCCAAGGUUUACAGAAUGUAAUAUAGCUCUUAUUCUAUUGCCAACAGUCUGACAUUGUUUUAUUCGUUACAUUUGCUAGUAGCCAUCUGAUUGUAUAGACCCAUUCACACGCUGGUUUUAUGGUAAAGCCAUAAUGAGUUUGUACAUACUAUCAGAUGUGUAGGGCUCAGUUGCACUUUGUUUAGUAAAUGGAUGAAAAAUGCAUAGCAUUUCUGUCUUUUUUUUUUUUUUUAAAAGGUAUUUCAGAUGUUGUUUGUAACACCUGAAAUAGGAAGCUUAAAUACUGUUCACCUUUGAAAAAGUUGCAUUUGUGGGGUAGAUGGCGGCUGCUAUUAGCAAAAUACCCUAAAGCCUCUUUUUAAGUUAGGAAUAUAUG